GCGCUGCGCCUGGCUCCAUUUAAACAGAAACGAUACUCGUUUGAGAGGUGAAAUGGCGCAGAAAAGAAGUUUGGACCAAGAACAUUUGAAUUGUUCGAUCUGUUUGGAUCUCCUGAAGGAUCCGGUGACUCCUAAGUGUGGACACAGCUUCUGUACGAGCUGUAUUGAAAACCACUGGGAUAGAGAAGAUCACAGAAGAUACUACACAUGCCCUCAGUGCAGGAAACGUUUCAGACGGAGGCCUGCUGUGGCCAAAACCAUCGUGUUAGCAGAUUUGGUGGAGGAGCUGAAGAAGAACCAACAAGCUGCUCCUGCUGAUCACUGCUAUGCUGGACCUGAAGACGUGUCCUGUGACGUCUGCUCUGAGAGGAAACUGAAAGCUGCCAAGUUCUGUCUGGUCUGUUUGGCUUCUUUCUGUGAGAAACAUCUCCAGCCUCACCAUGAAGCUCCACCAUUACAGAAACACCAGCUGGUGGAGCCCUCCAAGAAGCUCCAGGAGAACAUCUGCCCUCGUCAUAAUGAGAUGAUCAAGGUCUUCUGUCGUACUGAUCAGAAGUUAAUCUGUUCUCGCUGCUUGGUGGAUGAACAUCAAGGACAUGAAACCGUCUCAGCUGCAGCAGGAAGAGCUGAGAAGCAGAAGGAGCUCGAGGCGAGUCGACAACAAAUCCAGCAGAGAAUCCAGGACCAAGAGAAAGAUGUGAAGCUGCUCCAGGAGGAGGUGGAGGCCAUCAAUGUCUCUGCUAAUAAAACAGUGGAGGACAGUGAGAAGAUCUUCACUCAGCUGAUCCGUCUCGUCCAGAAGAGAAGGAGUGAAGUGAAGCAGCAGAUCAGAUCCCAGCAGGAAACUGAAGUGAGUCGAGUCUUGGAGCUUCAGGAGAAGCUGGAGCAGGAGAUCACUGAGCUGAAGAGGAAAGACGCCGAGCUGGAGCAGCUCUCACACACAGAGGACCACAACCAGUUUCUCCACAACUACCAGUCGGUGUCAGCACUGGGUGAGUCUCCACACUCAUCCAGCAUCCAGGUUCAUCCUCGGAGAUACUUUGAGAACAUCACUGCAGCUGUGGAGGAGCUCAGAGACAAACUAUGUGGUGGCCCAAACAACGGUCAGGCCGUCUUGAGCCUGACAGGACCUGAUGUUUUGCUGUCACAUCCAAAGAGCAGAGCAGAGUUUCUCAGAUCUUCUCAAGACGUCACUCUGGAUCCAGACACAGCCCACAGACGUCUGGUCUUAUCUGAGGGCAGGAGAAAAGCGACAUUAGUGGAAGAACAGCAGUCGUAUCCUGAUCGUCCAGGCAGGUUUCUGUCCUUGGAGCAGGUUCUGAGCAGCGAGAGUCUGAGCGGACGGUGUUACUGGGAGGUGGAGUGGAGCGGCAGAGGGGUCUGUAUCGGGGUUUCCUACAACGAUAGCAGCAGAAAUUUUACUACACUCGAUUGUAGAUUUGGAUUCAGUGACAAAUCCUGGGCCUUAUAUUGUGGCACAAACGGUUAUGCGUUUAGCUACAAUAAGAACCACACGCCAGUCCCAGGUCCUGGCUCCUCCAGGGUCGGGGUGUACCUGGACCACAGGGCCGGUGUUCUGUCCUUCUACAGCGUCUCUGUAACCAUGACUCUCCUCCACAGUGUCCAGACCAAGUUCACUCAGCCGCUCCACGCCGGAGUCUGGCUCGUCGGCUGUGGAUCAACUGCUGAGUUCAUUGAAACCAAGAGAAACAGCCGAAGGGUUGUGUUCUGUAAGCCUGAGGCCUCACGGGUCCCAGAGCAGCACGAGGGGUAAAGAAACCUUAACAUGGAUGUUCGGUUACCGUAAUUUCUGAUGUAUAGAGCGCACCCGAAUAUUCGGACAUCAUUACCUGCAGUGUUCCCUCAGC